AUGUCAUUUGCUACCAGAGUAUGGGCUCGUAGACUCGUCAACGCUGCCUCAACAACCCCUGCUGCACGCACCUCUUUGCUUAGACCCCGUGCAAUGCCCCUCAAGGCAUACAAGCCAUUCCGCACCAUGGCAACCGCUGCUAACCACUCUCACGAAUUUGCUGGCGAUGCUUCUGUUACAACUAUCACUGAAGAUGCCAGAGAUUUUGGUGCUGUUGACGAUGAGGAUGAAAGUAGAAUGCGUAACUUUACUGUCAAUUUCGGUCCUCAACAUCCUGCUGCUCACGGUGUGCUUCGUCUCAUUCUCGAAUUGAACGGUGAAGAGAUUGUCCGUGCUGAUCCUCACAUUGGUUUGUUGCAUCGUGGUACUGAAAAGUUGAUUGAAUACAAGACUUACUUGCAAGCCUUGCCUUACUUUGAUCGUCUUGAUUACGUCUCCAUCAUGACCAACGAACAAGCUUACUCAUUAGCUGUUGAGAAGCUCUUGAACAUUGAAGUGCCUGAGCGUGCCAAGUAUAUUCGUACCAUGUUUGGUGAAGUUACUCGUAUUUUGAAUCACAUUAUGGCUGUCAUGUCCCACGCUAUGGAUGUUGGUGCCUUGACCCCUUUGCUUUGGAUGUUUGAAGAGCGUGAAAAGUUGAUGGAAUUCUAUGAACGUUGUUGUGGUGCUCGUCUUCACGCCAACUACGUUCGUCCCGGUGGUGUAUCUCUCGAUAUCCCCAUUGGUCUCUUGGCUGAUAUUCACGACUGGUCCGAACAAUUCGCUGAUCGUGUUGAUGAAAUUGAAGAACUCUUGACUGGUAACCGUAUCUGGCAGAUCCGUACUCGUGAUGUUGGUAUUGUCACUGCUCAAGAGGCCCAAGAUUGGGGUUUCUCUGGUGUUCUUGUGCGUGGUUCCGGUAUCAAGUGGGAUCUCCGUAAGGUCGCUCCCUAUGAUGCCUAUGAUAAAGUAGAAUUCGACGUUCCUGUCGGUCAAAAUGGCGAUUGUUUCGAUCGUUAUCUCUGCCGUAUGGAAGAGAUGCGUCAAUCUCUUCGUAUCAUCCAUCAAUGUAUCAACCAAAUGCCCGAAGGUCCCAUCAAGACAGACGAUUGGAAGGUGACCCCCCCUCCUCGUGCUGCCAUGAAAGAAGACAUGGAAGCCUUGAUCCAUCAUUUCAAGUUCUACUCUGAAGGUUUCUCUGUGCCUGCUGGUGAAACCUAUACUGUUGUUGAAGCACCCAAGGGUGAAUUUGGUGUCUUUUUGAUGUCUGAUGGCUCCAACAGACCCUAUAGAUGUAAGAUCAGAGCUCCUGGUUUCUCUCAUCUCCAAGGUGCCGAUUUCAUGUCUCGUAACCAUUUGCUUCCCGAUAUGGUCACCAUCAUUGGUACAAUGGAUAUUGUGUUUGGUGAAGUUGACAGAUAG